AUGGACAACUCUAUCAAGCUCAUAAGAGCCUCAAUCUAUUCCUUCUUCUGCAACUAUCACACCUUUGCCUCCCUCGCCACCAUCCUCAUCUUCCCCUACUCCGCCGCCACUCUCCUGUCCGCCUCCCUCAUUCCUUCAUCACCACCUUCUUCCUCCUCCUCCUCCCUCCCUACCGCCGUCUCUCACCGCUUCCUCUCCGUCUUCAAAGCCACCAACUUUCCUCUCAACUCCCCCCUCUUCGACAUCAUCAGCCUCAAGCUCUCACAAACAAUCCUCUCCUUCCUCUUCGCUCUCCCCUUCACUCUCACCUUCCUCACUCUCUCCAAAGCUACCAUCAUCUUCGCGGCCGGCGAGCUCCCUCGCCAUACCCCCUCCCCCUCCCUCUCCUCAAUCCUCCACCUUUACCCCCCUCUUCUAUUCACCCAUCUCUUCACCCGCUUCAUCAUCCUCUCCACCAACGUCGCCGUCUUCUCCAUGUUUCUCAUAGCUUUCUUCGUCGUCGACGAGCUCGGCCUCACCUCCACAAGCUCCCUCUUCAUUCUGUCGGGCAUCGCCGCCGUUAUAUACUCAACAACCGUCGCGAACGUAUUGGUGAUCUGCAACCUUGCCACCAUUGUUGCAGCAAUGGAGAACUGUAAUGGCUACACUGCAGUGCUGAAAGCUUGUGUUUUGAUCAGAGGGAGAGCUGCAGUAGCUUUAUUUCUUGCACUCUGUUCAAAUCUGGGCAUGGCUGCAAUUGAAGGAUUGUUUCAGAUCAGAGUGAUAAAAAUAUAUAAUCAAAAUGGAAGUUUUGAUCUGUCUCUUGUUUUUGAGGCUUUGACAAUAAUUUAUCUUUAUUCUAUUUUUGGUGUAGUUGAUAAUAUCAUCAGCUGCUGCUUUUAUAAGAGUUGCAGGUAUGAAUUGCUGGUGAAAUAUGCAAAAUUUGAAGGACAGGGGAGGGGUGAUUUGAAAAUUUGA